ACGUCGAAAGAAUUCGCGGGAAUGUAGAAACAAUUUCCGGGCGAAAAAACCCAACUCAUAGUUCCACUCUGAAAAUCUGAAGGUGAUAAUUAUGGCAACUCAACUCAAAUCGUUUCCCUUCACCCCUUUCAAAAUCAGACCUUCCUUAUCUCCGUUCAGGUUUUUUUCAUCCGCCCCUUUUGUCUCUACGCAUAGUCCAAUCCGCAUCUCCUCCAACACCCUUAAGCUAUCCACCUCCAGAUUGGAUAGGGUUGUUUCCGCUGUCGUUUCUGAGGAAAACACUGUUGGGUCGAGUUCUUCUGCCACUGAUGUGUUCAAGCUGAGUUACCUAGAGGGGAAUAGUUGGCUGUGGGAUGUGGGUGGUGUCAAAAUAUUGGUCGACCCAAUCUUGGUAGGGAACUUGGAUUUUGGAAUUCCUUGGCUUUAUGAUGCUGCCAAGAAGUUCUUGAAAAAUUUCCAGCUCAGUGAUCUUCCUGAACUGGAUUGCUUGCUGAUUACACAAAGCCUUGAUGACCACUGCCAUUUAAAGACCUUAAAGCCACUUUCUGAGAUGAGAUCAGAUCUUAGAGUCAUUGCAACCCCCAAUGCUAAGCCCUUGCUGGAUCCCCUUUUCAAUAAUGUUAUAUACCUAGAACCGGGUCAGAGCUCUGAUAUUGAAGCUAGAAAUGGUGCUAAAAUCAGAGUUCAGGCUACAGCAGGGCCAGUUCUGGGCCCUCCCUGGCAGCGCCCUGAGAAUGGAUACCUUGUUAGUUCUCCAGAAGAUCGACUGACUCUUUACUAUGAACCCCACUGUGUUUACAACAAGGGUAGUCUGGAGAAGCGGCGGGCUGACAUAGUUAUCACACCAGUCAUAAAGCAGCUUCUUCCUAAAUUUACUUUGGUUUCAGGACAAGAAGAUGCUGUUCAACUUGCAAAGUUGCUGCAUGCCAAAUACAUCGUUCCUAUGAGAAAUGGAGACCUGGAUAGUAAAGGUAUUCUUGCCAGCAUACUUCAAACAGAGGGGACAAUAGAAUCAUUCAAGGAGCUUUUGGCGAAAGAACUACCGGAUGCUCAGGUAUUGGAGCCUACCGCUGGUGCACCACUAGAAAUCUCAAGGCCUUAAAUUUGCUGUACUGGACCCUUGUCCAUAUGUUGUUUAAACUUUUAACUCCAUAAAUAUACAUACACUUGAAUUAGUUUAUCCAUUGGAGAAGACUUAUAAUGGAAGAAACAGAAAAGUUUGGCAAA